GAUAAAGUUAUUCUAUAAGCAUUGACACUAAUUGACAUAGAUUAAGGAAAUGGACAUGCACAUGAGGAAAUUACUUGAUUUAGAAACAACAUUAAACAGUACAAAGACAGCCAUUGAAAAGAUUCCAAAUGAUAUUAUGAGAGGAGAGCGAGUUAAUGAUGUCUUGACCAUGUACGAUGCAGAAUUGAGUAAACUUGAUAAUGAAUACAACAACAGAUCAGAAAAGGAUAAAUAUUUGACAAAUGAUAGAUACAUUCUCUAUAGAGAGCAUAUUUGGAACGUCAAGCAUGCUGAUAUCGAUAUGCCGCCCUUAACAGAAGAGAAUAAUAACGAUGAUGAAGAGAUUGUCAUGGGCCCAACCAAGCUAUCAUUCAAAUGUCCUAUUACCACAUCUUGGCUUGAACAGCCCAUGACAAGCAGAGUAUGCAAGCACUCGUUUACAAAAUCCGCAAUCACACAAUUGAUCAGAAUCAACCACGGUGCAGUUACCUGCCCUGUCUCUGGCUGCAACAAGUAUAUCAGAAUGGAUAUUCUUUAUGAUGAUGAACUUUUGGCAGAUAAAGUGAAAAGAGCCAAAGAAAAGGCAGAAGAGGAAUCAUUUCCCACUGAAUUUUAUGAUAUUGAAUGAAAACAUUAUAUGUACUACUUUUUAUUGUCUAAAGUGUGAAAUUGCUGUGGUUGU